AAGAGUUUGAAUUUUUUAAAAACACAAACCAUUAAACAUAAAUCAAGGACGACGCCGUUUGUGACAAAUAAAAAUAGGGUUGUCUUCUUCAUUCGUGAACCAGAGCCUCCAUCAGCGACACACCUCUGCAACUCCUCCUCUACAACACAGUGUGUGCCUCAAUCGUGUAACUUGCCAUUUGCGAUUUCAGGAGGCCUCAGAUCGUCGCACUCAACGAGAUGCGCCUUGAUAACACCUUUUAAAACGCUAGAGAGCAAAGGGGCGUGUCAAAUGGAUCGAAAAGGUUGGGAGCUGCGCUUGGAGCCUCAUUUAUUUGGCCUGCAAGCUUGAUUUACUUCCCCAGGUUUUUUAACAUUCUUUUCUUAACAAUCUCCAAAAUCAACAAAUGCUGACACCAUUCAAAUAAGUGAAAUAAAAGACGGUGAUGUGAGUUAUAAGCCUUGACAAUCUGGGAGAAAUCUACUGUGCUCUGCUCAUUAUCCUAAGCACUUGCUUCAUUUUAAUUUUUGUUCAUUUCAUUAUGAUGCUUUGAUGUCCAUAUCUUGUGUGGUGGUUCUGACAGAGAAUGGAAAGAACAGAGACUAUAGAUAAUUUCAAAGUUGGAUCUCUGCCGACUUUAAUUUACAUUCCUGACUUCAUUACGGAUAAUGAACAAACCAUGCUUCUAAAUAAGAUAUAUGAAGCCCCUGUAUCGAAGUGGAAAUCUUUAAAGAAUAGGAGGCUACAAAACUGGGUGACAGGCGGUACUGUCCAUGAAAAGGGUCUUCUACCACAGGAUUUGCCCUCAUGGCUAACCAAGAUUACAUACAAGAUAUAUGAAGAAUCAGGGCUUUUUCCAUUGCCAAUUAAUCAUGUCCUUAUCAAUGAAUACCUUCCUGACCAAGGCAUAAUGGCACACCAGGAUGGGCCUGCUUAUUAUCCAGUUGUAGCAAUCUUGUCCCUCAGGUCACCUGUUGUUAUGGACUUUACUCCCCAUUCAAGAAUGACAUUGUGUAAAAGCACAUGCACAAAUGAUGUUGAGGAUACAAAUUCUGAUAGGGGAGUUAUUAAGAUUGAUACAGAUAAGUCAAUGGAUGAACACCAUCCUUUUCCUGUCAUAUUAAUGCCGUGCAGCUUGAUGAUAUUCAAAGAUACAGCAUACUCGGAUUACUUGCAUGCUAUCAAAGACAGUGAGGUACAAUGUUAUGAUGGGGCUGUAAACGAAGUAGAAGCUCUACAUGGGCAAGUUAUGAAUCAUGCUUCGUCACAAUUGGAUGGACCUGUUGAUGUAAUGAAAACUGGGGACCUCAAGUGUAUUCAUAGAACUACCCCUAGAAUUUCAUUGACAUGUCGAUUAGUUCCGAAAGUUCAUAAAAAUGUGUUCAGGUUUUAGUCUGUGUUAAGUCUAAUCUAUCUGGAGGUUUUUCACCUGUAAGAGCUUCAGACGAUGACCUAAUUUGAUGCGGGUGGUAUUCACAGAGAUGUGAGAUGUAUUAUGGAUGAUUUAACAAACUUUGCCAUACUACAUAAAAAUAGAGCGAAUUCAUUUCUUU